AUUAGAUGUGCCGUCUCUUAUUGUCUCUCCAGAGGGAGCCAGUCCUAAUCCAACGCAGUUGCUGAUGGGUUAUGCUGAAAUUCUCUGAGAGAUUCUGAUCCAGGAUGAGUAACCGUUUCAAACAGAGGCUGGUCCGCUCCUGGACCACGGUGGUCAUGCUGUACACCUCUGGACAGAGGGACGGGUGGAGACUCACCCUCCUCCACGCCUUCACCUGCCUCUUCAUCAGCCUGGCCCUCAGUUCCCUCCUCUUCCUCAGUCUGUAUGCUGGGAAUGUUGAUCUGAUGGUGACGAAACUGACCGCUGCCAGCUUCUCCUUCCUCCUGUCCGCCGGGCUGUUCUUCUCCAAACGCCUCCGCUGCUUCAUGCUCCUGAUCCUGAUCUCCUGCACCAUGAAGCAGUGCCGGUCCGCCCUGCUGAUUAUGGGCAGCGGACUAGUGGCGUGUCUGGGCUGCCGCAACACCUACAGGAACCUUUACAGAGUCGCUCAGAGCAUAGUGUGUAACCUGAGGAAGAAGAAAGAGCUGCUGGACAUCAGCCCCAUCGAUAACUACAUACGGAUGAUCAAGUGGGUAAGGGAUCAUUUAAAGAUGUUCUCAAACUAUGGCUUAGCUAAGUUUGAGGCCAGUCUGGACGUCUGGCACACGGUGGAGUCUGAGGAGGUGAGGAGGAAACUGGAGCAGGCCGAGGCGGAGCUGAAGCGCAAAGCAGAUGAAGUAGAGGCUGUGUUCAACGCAGUGAUGUCCGUCGGGAAGAAGGUCGCACCAGCGCUGACAACCAUCCUGCUGAUAGCUUUGAUAGUACGUUUCCUCAAGAAAUACACAGGCCAGAAAAAAUACAAGAAUGUGUUCAUCACACGCAGAUUCGUGGAGUAUGAUCAGCGCCAGAAGGCCCUGGGAAAGCCUCACGUUCUCCCUCUGACCCAGGACGAGGAGAGGCGUUACAUCUUCAUACCCUCUGCUAAGCUCAGUCUGACGGAGUGUUUGCCCUUGGCAUUGUUCUUCGUUCCUGUUGGCUUCUACAUCCUGGGCUGGUUCUUUCUGCUAGGGCUGGACGGGCUGCUCUACUGCAUUAUUCUUAUCAUCAGCGAUAAAUUAAAGGAGCUGAAGCGCUUCUAUAUUCCUCUUAUAAUGAAACUGAAUAGUAAGCACCAGGUCUUAUCCAUCCCUGUGGCUGAAGUGAACAGGCAGACGGAUUUCUCCUUCUCCGUGACCUUGUUUGAGCGCGAGUGUUAUCCCGAGCCCACUCUGCUGCUCUCUCAGUCUGUGGUUCCUCUCUGCUCCGUCAUCGCCGUCCUGCUGAUCCUCGGCCUGAUGGCCGCUAAGAUGCUGCAGUUCAAGCUGCUUGCGUCAGAGCACUUCUUCACUGAAAACGCAGACAAAAGGGUGAAACACCUGCACAAGAAAAUCCUGAGCAAACGCUCCAGAGACGGAUUUAUGCCGCUGGAACAGGACCAAUUUCAGAGUCUGAAGAAAAAUAAUCAGGACUCCCCACCCCGAGACGUGAAGGCACAGAACAGAGGACUAAGGGCUUAG